AUGAACCAUUGUCCCGGCAUCCUUCACCCCGCGCUGCAUCCCACGCCCGCUGUCCCCAGCGUCGCUCGGCCGGGCGCAGCGUGGCCGGGAGAUGGCAGCAGGAGCCUGCCCGCGGACAGCGGGGCCCUGUGCAGCGAGGAUGUCCCCGAGGUGGAGAUCAUCAGCCUGCUGGGCGAGCAGCUGCCCCGCUACACUCUGCGGGCUGACACCGUGUUCGGCUACGACCACGGCGACUGGCUGCAAGCCCCCAGCGGCCCCCCGCAGCCCGUAGCCCCCCUCACCCCCCAGCAGAUAGAGGAGACCCUGCAGUAUUUCCGUGAGAGCCUGGGGGUGGUGGGGUUGAGGCUGUCGCUGCGGCAGCAGAGCCACGUCUCCGAGGAGCGCUCCUUCUUCGAGGCCGAACGGGAACGCAAACUCUGGCGGCUGAGAGAUGGGGCGAGCUCCAGUGGCUUCCUCACCCCCGAGGGCAGCGUCGUCUCUACUGGGACCAACUACUCGGGGGGCUCGGACCUCACCGCCGGCUCCAGCUUCUCCCUGGGCUCCCUCACCUACUUACCCGACAAACUGCAGAUCGUGAAGCCGCUGGAAGGCUCUGUGACACUCCACCACUGGCAGCAGCUGGCACAGCCCAACCUGGGUGGGAUCCUGGUGCCCCGUCCCGGGGUGCUCACCAAAGACUUCAGGCAGCUGGACACAGACCUGGAGGAGGUGUACAGUCUCAAUGACCUGGAGGAGGAUGAUGUGGACACCAGCUCCUUCCAGCUGCUCCCUACCUCAACACCCGCCAAAGCCAAGGAGCGCCCCAGGGUGUUCCUCUCUGUUAACAACCUCCCCCAGACCCCGUCUACCUUCACCAUCACCACCUGCCACAUCCUCCACCCCACCACUGCGAUCACCACGGUGACACCCAGUCUGUAUCAUGCCGUCGUGCCUUCUUGUGGGCCCUUUGAGGGGCUGAGCCUCAGCAGCCCCUCACCAGACCAGACUCCCCCCACACUGGCGCUUGGUCCUGGACCCCUGAGCACCCCCAUGGGACUCUUCAGGCUCUUGCUGGGGCGAGAUUCCCGCUUGGCACCAUGGACUGGAUCACGGUGGGCCCCCUCACUCCACUGCCAGGACCCUCAGCAUUCUGAGUCACAGCCCCCCCGUGUGCCCAGGGGCCAGGACGGACCCCGACCCAAGAGCAGCAUCUUCAGCUGGAACCUGGUGGAGAAGUUGCAGCGCCUUGGGCUGGACAAGGUGGUGGCCAGAGGGGAGAUGUCCUGUGCCCAGCCAGGGCCCAGAGGGGCCUGGGGCACCCAGAAGUGAUGCUGCUGCAGAGUCCCCAGGCUCAGAGUGAGACACAUCCUCUUCCUCACCCAUCCAUGGGGAAAUGGAGACAGUACAAGCUUCAGUCUCAGCUCCCGAUGCUGACCCAGGUCCAUCAGCGUUCCUGGCACCAGCCUGGGGAGCUUUGCCCCAGCUGCAAGGACAGAACCUGGCACAGCUCCCCAUCUGUGGGGGGUACAGGGAGUGCUGGCUGACCCUGCCCCUGCUGGAGGAGUAGAGACCCUUCACAGGAGCCAGUUUCUGGCAAUAAAAACUGUUCCUGCUUCUGCUGAGCCUGUCUGCGGAGCGAGGGGCAGCGGGGCCCGUUUGGGGCUGUCCAGAUGCUGCAGAGAAGGGCGAUGCUCAGUCUGGGCUCGGGUGUGUCCUGGGGCAACCCACUGGGGCCAGGGGGAGACCCCUGCACCCUGGGCUGGGCCCCUGGCCAGCACCUGGACUGGACUGGCUUUUAAAGGGAAUGGUGGUUUAACUCUUUCCUGCCCACUGAAUAGCAAUAGUAGCAGCACCCACAGCUUGGGAUGUUCCUGGGGGUGCAUCUGUUGCUCCUCCCAGCUGUGUCCCUCUCUCCAAGGUGUGCCCCAUCCCCUGGCAAAUAAAUGUGAAUUCACAGAGCA